UCGCCCGUUCCCCCCCUCCCCCCACGUGCUCGGCUUUGUGCGGGGCGGGCGGGCGGCCCCCGCCGCUCCUUUCGCUUUCCCUUUCGCCUCCCGCCCCGCUCCCAUGGCGGCCUGGUUCAGUUUCAGGGCUGAGGACGAGACGGAGGACGAGGCGUACUUGUGGCGGUACGACUCUACUUGGGAGGAGGAGGAAGAGGAAGAGAACGAAGAGGAGGAUGGCGGCAGUGGCGAAGGCGGCCAGCCGGAGGGAGCGGAGGCGGCGGCCGGGGAGGAGCCGGAGGAUGCGGGGGAGCAGCCGAUGUCGAGCUGGGUGCGGGGCGCCCAGCAGGCCCAGCCUAGAUGCUAUACUUUGUGGCUGAAGCUGCUAAGGUUUUUUUUCAAUACUGAGGAGCAAAGAUCAAAUUCAUCACUGCUGUUCCAGAGAGGUUUGCAGUUCUCAAGCAGGCGCAACUGGAAUGCAGCAAAAGACCUGCAGAGAUACAGGCAUCAUUACCCGGGGUUGAUAGAAUCAGAAAACGAGGAGGAGGAGGAGAUGUGGAACUUAAGCUUCUACAAAAACGAGAUUCGUUUUUUGCCCCAUGGUUUGCAUAUUGACACUCUGCUUGAAUCUUGGUGGAACAACUAUGAAGUUCUGGAGGAUAACCAUUCUUACAUACAGUGGUUAUUCCCUUUACGUGAGCACGGGAUGAACUGGCGUGCCAAACCACUCACCUGGAAAGAAAUCCAGGCCUUUAAGAAGUCCAAGGAAGUUAUGCAGAGGUUUGUCCGUGCUUACCAGCUCAUGCUGAAGUUUUAUGGGAUCACUUUGGUCAAUGAGGAAACUGGAGAGCUGAAGAGAGCAGAGAAUUGGGCUGAACGAUUUCAGAACUUGAAUCGGUUCAGCCACAACAACUUGCGGAUCACUCGCAUCCUGAAGUGCCUGGGGGAGAUGGGAUAUGAACACUAUCAAGUGCACUUGGUAAAGUUUUUCCUAACAGAAACUCUUGUGAAGGAGACAUUACCAAAUGUCAAGAAAAGUGCCUUGGAUUAUUUCCUGUUCACCAUCAGAAACAAAAAGAAGAGGAGAGAACUGGUGCACUAUGCUUGGCAACACUUCAAACCUCGAAGCAGCUUCGUGUGGGGGCCGCAUGACAAGCUCUUCAAGUACAGACCCCGCUCUGCCAAGUCACAGCUGCACCAAAAGGCUGAAGAUAAACAGGAAACUCCUGGUAAAAAAUCUGAUAGUUCUGUGGGAGAGGAUCAGAGCCAGGCCCUAGAGAAGGAACACAAAGCUGGAGAUGCUGCAGAUUUGCAGCCUGAAGUGAAUAAUGAUGAUGUAAAAGACAAGAUAAGUGAAUGUGCUUUGAAGGGAGGAGAUGAUGAAGAAAAGAAAGAGACUGCACUUACGCAGCAGGAAGAGAAGGGUUCAAACAGCGAGGGAGGAGAUGAAGAAGAGAAGAAAGAGGCUUCACUUACCCAGCGGGAGGAGAAGGAUUUAAGCAGUGAUGCUGAAGAAACGCAAGGUACAGCUGAGAAUGAUUGUACGAAGGAGAGCAAGAAGAGAAAGCUGGAUGCGAAUGUGACAGAUGCUAAAAGGAAUGGAGCACUGAAAAGCCCUGACAUUGAAAACAUUUCCCGUAACCUAGGAGAAUGUGCAAUCCAUGCAGAAAUCCCUUCCUCAGCUCUGCUCUCAGAAGGAGAGCAGGACCAGACCAUGCUGAAAGACAAUGAUGCAAGCACCAAAGAGUCGUCGGCAGCGGAGAUCGCUGAUGCUGCUGUGAAACGCAGGAAAGUUGAUGAAAAACCAUCCAAAGGCAAAGUAUUCAACUUGGCCAUAAACCUUAACAUGGGGGCCUCUGCCUCCACUGCCAAGCUAAACCCAUCUGCUGCAAACACCGAGGCUGAAAAUGAAAAUGUCAGGGAGGAAAAACCAACUGCAAAAGUGGCAAGUGAGAAGGGGAGUGGUGACGCAAAUAGUGCGGCUGAAAUCCCCCUGGGUGGUUCUGAGCUCCCUGAGACUGAUUUGUCUUCUUCAAUAAGUGAGGGCUUGGAGUCGAGUGGACAUAAAGUCACAGAAAAGGGUGAUCAGCACCACUGUAAUAGCACACUGCUGGAAACCAAAAGUGAGGUAGAUGCUGUAGAACAACCUAAGGCUGAAAAUGCAAGUGAAACAGGGCAAGUGGAAGUCGCAGGCAAGAAACAAGUUCUAGAGAGUCUUGAGCAAAGCAUGGCAUCCACUUGUCCUGAAGAAGAUGGUGCUGGGCUUGCAACACAAAGUCCUGACAGCUCUGAGCAUGCAGCAGAACCUUCUGAAGAGCAGGCUGCAGCAGAAUGAAUCCAGCACGGCAAGCAUUGGAGCGAGCAGAGAUGACAUUGCCCUACCUGCCAGGAGCCAGCUGUGCCAAUUGGGGUAGCAGAAGUGCACAGGAGAAUAAACUUCUUAUUCUUUGGUCUGAUCCAGGCUAGCUCCUACCUGACUUUCUUCCACAGGUUUCUAGUCAUGUGUAGUAACUUCAGCCCCUGGUUACCCUAAGGAGGAAACUCAUCUUCAUGGACAGGCCGUACCCUGUUGCUCUUUUUUUUAGUGAUGUUCAGGACUACCUUGGAGCAGUGGGGAUUUUUGCACUUUGAUUUUGGUAUAUCCCUUCUUAAAUAGAGGAGGAAAAUGGAUCUGUUUUCUUGUUUGAACUAGUCCAGUGUUUAUUAAAUACAUGAUUUUUAAUACAAGGGUGACCUAAUUUGCCAGGCCUUUCUGUCACCAUUUAAGUUCUGUAGAUCAUUUUGAAUGACUAUACCUUCCUGGGAGAUCUCUUCCUGGCAAAGUUGCUGUUUACCUGAAAGAUGCUGUUUGCUAGGGUGCAAAAUGCUGAGUAAUUUGUUCUCUUUAUCCCCCACAGAAGUUCCUCUGUUGUACUUGUUAGAGUUGUUAAGAACACGAAUUUCUAAGAGAAAAACCUCCAGACUUCACAGAAAGCUGUUCAGAGCUCUUCUCCCUCAGGCUCUUGCACCACUUUCAGACCUUUGAUAGUCAUCCACAGAUACUCUUGCUCAAGGACCUACCUUCCUCAACCCUCCAAACAGAGCAAGUAUUUGUUUGCCACUGCCUCUUUUCUGAUUUGCUGCUCAUUUUCAGUGGCCUUUAGGGCCACCUUUCUCCAAGCCUACUGCAUGAAGUUAGACAUGUCAGAUUUAUCCCACUUCCUAGUUAGGGCAGGAUUGUUUUACCAUUAAACAUCAGAGUGUCAGACAGUGAGGGCAUGUUCGAGUGCAGCACGUCUGGAAGCCACUGGGCUUUGUGGGGCAGUUAAUUGAAACUUUAAUUGGAGGAGGUAUGCUUGUCUGGUUCACUUAUUUAUAACCCUCAAGAAUUUACUUUGAGAUCUUGCCAACUCUUUGCCUGCCUUAAUGUUCCUGACCUCCCUGUCAGCUCUUCUGCCUGACUUGCACACAGUUUUCAGCCAAAUCUGGAGGAGCAUUAAACAAUUCAGCAUUUUUUUGCUCCUAGAGAUUUACAACAGAGGACCUGUUUCAUGAAGCAGUGGAAACUGCUUUCAAGAGCCAGAAGGUCUGAACUUGGCCUGUUUGCACAGCUUGUUUGGUUUGGUUUUGGGGGUUUUUAGGUGCUGUUUGGUUUGUGUAGGAGGUGGAGCUGCUGCAGUAGCUAUGCACUGCUCAUGUUGUCCCUCUCUGCUACAACUCUGAGGGAAAUUCCUCUUUCAAGGAAUUUGAUCAGUGAUUUGCCUUCCCCUUAGGUCCUGGUCCAGUGUGCCACGUACAUGUGUGGGAGUAAAAGGUCUGCAAGUUUAACACCUAUCCCUUCAUGCUCACACACGUGCUGGAGAGAGGUGUUUAAUGCUCUUAAAAUACUUGAGUUUGGUUCUUUACUUUGGGAUUUAAUGAUUUUUUCCUCUCUUGUGAACAAAUGGGAGUCAAAUUGCCAACAAGGAUACAUAUAACUACAGAUAUAAAUACUUGAAGGUGUGGAGUGCAAAAUCUUUCCUAAAAGGUUCACAAGAAAAUUGUUAAUCAUGGCUUUUUUUGUACAGAUUUACAGUAAUUCUUUCUUCCUUUUUAAUUUAAUGGAGCUUUCAUUAUAGAUAUGUGCUCAGUUGGGGCAUAGCUCAUAACUCUUAACUAUGGUGAUGUGUGAUGUGGUUUUGUGUUUAAUGGGAUUUCACUGUGAGCCCUGGUCUGGAGUUACCUGGACCAAACUGUUGCCACAUCAUGGUCAGGUUUAGAGUUUUGGCUGUAGGUGUUUGCAGUGAAUUCACAGGAUGUUUUCCAGCACUCAAAGCUGUAUCACUGUUAGAUUAAUGUCACCUAUUAAAGCAUGACUUUGAUGCA